AUGCUAAGUGUAGCAGAAGGCAUGCUCCUGUGUGUUGCAAUGAUUGAAUCAGUGCUGGGGAUUUUAGGGAAUGGAUUUAUCAGUCUUGUGAACUGCAUUAACUGGUUCAAGAAUAAGAAGCUCUCUAAGAUUGGUUUUAUUCUGAUUGGCUUGGCAAUUUCCAGAUUUUUUCUCAUAUGGAUUUUAAUUGUAGAUGCAUAUAUAAAGAUCUUCUUUCCGACUUUGCUUGCCUCUGGCAAUCUAAUUGGAUACAUCAGUUAUGCAUGGAUAACUACAAACCACCUGAGUGUCUGGUUUGCCACCAUCCUCAACACUUUCUAUUUCCUGAAGAUAGCGAACUUUUCCCACUACAUAUUUCUCUGGUUGAAGAGGAGAACUGAUAAAGUUUUUAUCUUUCUGAUGGGGUGCUUGCUUAUCUCAUGGCUAACAUCUUUUCCAUUCGUUAUAAAGAUGAUUAAAAAUAGUAAAAUGAAGCGUAGAAAUACAACCUAGGUGAGCUAUCUGGGAAAAAGUAAGUUAUUUAUUGACUAUGUUUCUGUCAAUAUUGGAGUCAUUUCCCUCUCUAUAAUGGCCCUAAUUACAUGUUUCCUUUUAAUCAUUUCUCUUUGGAGACACAACAAGCAGAUGCAGUCGAGUGUCUCAGGAUGCAGAGAUCUCAAGACCGAAGCUCACGUGAAGGCCAUUAAAGUUUUAAUUUCUUUCAUCAUCCUUUUCAUCUUUUAUUUUAUAGGUAUUGUGCUAGAAAUUUUUUGCUUAUUUGUCCCAGAAAACAAACUGCUAUUUAUUUUUGGAUUGACAACUGCAUCCACAUACCCCUUCUGUCACUCUUUCAUCCUAAUUCUAACAAACAACCAGCUGAAGCAAGCCUCUGUGAGAAUACUUCAACAAUUCUGUGAAAGAGGAAAAGUUCUCAGAGCCACAUGCCAGUCUGGCACAGAAAUGGAUGAUCUGGAAUAA